CGCCCUAAGUAGGCCUCCAGUUACCGUAACCAUGGUUAUCGACGUGGCCGGCCCGGGGCGGAACCUUGGCAGGGCGGAGCUGGCAGUCGGGGGGAAGACAGACGUGGUCGGAGCGGCUGAGGUGAACGGAAUUCCUUCAGCAUCAUGGAGAAGGACAGAAGCAAGAAGCUGCGGAUCUGUGUUGCCACAUGCAACCGGGCGGAUUAUUCCAAACUGGCACCGAUCAUGUUCGGUAUCAAAGAACAACCUGAUGACUUCGACUUAAAGGUUGUUGUCUUAGGAUCUCAUUUAAUUGACGAUUACGGGAAUACAUACCGCAUGAUCGAACAAGAUGAUUUUGACAUCAACACAAGGUUGCAUACGAUAGUCCGGGGUGAAGACGAGGCUGCUAUGGUGGAGUCGGUGGGCCUUGCUUUGGUAAAAUUGCCAGAUGUGUUAAACCGUUUGAAGCCGGAUAUCAUGAUUGUUCACGGAGACAGGUUUGAUGCGUUGGCAGUCGCGACCUCGGCGGCGCUGAUGAAUAUUCGGAUCCUGCACAUUGAAGGCGGUGAGGUUAGCGGUACCAUCGAUGAUUCAAUCCGACACGCUAUCACUAAGCUGGCCCAUUACCACGUGUGCUGCACCCGCAGUGCCGAGCAGCAUCUCAUCGCCAUGUGUGAGGAGCACGACCGCAUCCUGUUGUCUGGCUGUCCCUCUUAUGACAAGCUUCUCACAGCAAGAUCCAAGGACUACAUCAGCACUCUGCAGACCUGGCUGAGUGAAGAUGUGAAACCUCGAGAGUACAUUGUGGCUCUACAGCAUCCAGUCACCACCAACAUUAAACAUUCCAUUAAGAUGUUCGAGCUCACGCUCGACGCGUUAAUAACAUUCGGCAAACGCACAUUGAUCCUGUUUCCCAACAUUGAUGCAGGAAGCAAAGAAAUGGUGCGAGUGAUGAGAAAGAAAGGGAUUGAAAAGAAUCCAAGCUUCCGGGCUGUGAAGCAUAUCCCCUUUGAACAGUUUAUCCAGUUAGUUGCACACGCUGGCCUGAUGAUUGGCAACAGUAGCUGUGGGGUGCGUGAGGCAGGUGCAUUCGGCACACCUGUCAUCAACCUGGGGACGCGUCAGACUGGACGGGAAACAGGUGAAAAUGUUCUUCAUGUUCGGAAUGCUGAAUGUCACAACAAAAUACUUCAUGCUCUGCAGCUCCAGUUUGGGAAGUUGUACCCAUGUUCGAAAAUAUAUGGCGAUGGAAACGCAGUCCCACGGAUAUUGAGGUUUCUGAAGACAAUAGAUGUGACUGAGCCUCUGCAGAAGAAGUUUUGUUUCCCACCGGUGAAGGAGUGCGGCUCGCAGGAUAUCGACCACAUCCUGGAAAUACAGAGUGCCUUAGCUGUGGACUUAGGUGGAACAAACCUGCGAGUGGCUAUUAUCAGUAUGCAGGGCGAAAUCAUAAAAAAAUAUGUUCGAACCAAUCCCAAAACUUACAAUGAGAGAAUCGAGUUGAUUCUGAAGAUGUGCACAGAGGCUGCAGCAGAGUCGGUGAACCUGAACUGCAGAAUACUUGGAGUUGGCAUUUCCACAGGAGGCCGUGUCAACCCCAAGAAAGGAAUUGUGCUUGACUCCACCAAGCUUAUUCAGGAGUGGGUGGCAGUGGAUCUUCGGACUCCAAUAUCCGAUACACUUCACCUGCCAGUGUGGAUAGACAAUGAUGGUAAUUGUGCUGCUUUAGCAGAGAAGAAGUUUGGCAGUGGCAAAGGGGUGGAAAACUUUGUGGUGUUCAUCACCGGCACAGGAAUCGGAGGGGGAAUUGUCCAGAACAGCAACCUGAUACACGGCAGCAUGUUCUGUGCGGCUGAGCUCGGACACAUCGUGGUAUCGCUGGACGGGCCCGAGUGCAUGUGUGGGGGCCGGGGUUGUAUUGAGGCCUACGCGUCAGGCUUAGCAUUGCAAAGAGAGGCCAAGAGGUUGCACGAUGAAGAUUUGCUGCUGAUGGGCGGAAUGACAAAAAGUGGCGAGACCGCUGGUGCAGUUGACCUCAUUCGAGCUGCCAAACUUGGAAAUGUUGAAGCUCAGAAGGUCCUCAAAACAGCUGGCUGUGCUCUUGGGCUUGGCAUUGUGAACAUCCUGCACACAGUGAACCCCUCUCUGGUGGUGCUGUCUGGGGUCCUGGCUGCCCAUUAUGAGGACGGUGUGAAAGAGGUGAUCAGCCAGCGGGCUCUGCACUCAGCACGCACGGUGGAAGUGGCCGUCUCCAGCCUGACCGAACCAGCACUGCUCGGAGCCGCCAGUAUGGUCUUAGAUUACGCCACACGCCGAACCUAUUAGCCCCGCAGAAUCUCUCACUUAUGCCGUCUCCAUUAUUUAAUAUUUAUUCACCGUUGAAUGUGACUGCUCCAUUUGGUCGCCCAGCCAUCGGCAGCCAUGUCUACAGCUGCUGAGUACAGGAUGGAUCAGAGUAAAGAUUCACAUCAGGUUGUGGGAUGGUUUGUAAACUGCCUUUGGCUCGAGUUAAUGUUCUGCCAAUUGCAAAGUGAUAACGUUCUGUUCCAAUCAAACCCAGCUCUCAGAGUCCAGCCAACGACAUACCCUGGCAUCCCUCCUGAAAUGAAUGACGUUUCUGGCCUGAGGUGAGGCCGCUCGGUAAGAGGUAAGGCUAGUGUAGGUACGAGUCAUUUCCCACUAGCUUCCAUUAUCCAGUAUUCAAGAAGGAGGCUAUUUGGCUCAUCACAUUUGUGCAAUCCCCUUGGUCCCAUUUUCUCUCCUUACUGGCCUGUCACCAUAAGGUGCCCACCAGUCCAGUAUUGACCCCAUUACCAUUUCCAUCAGUCUCUCUUUUUUUCCCCCUGUAAAAUGAAUAAAAGGUCCUUUUUGGCCUUGACUUUAGAGUCACAGAGUCACACUCUACAGAAACAGGCCCAUGUAUGAGAUUCUGGAGAUGCUGCAAAUGCAGAAUAACACACACAAAAUGGUGCUGGAACUCGGCAGUCCAGGCAGCAUCUGUGGAAAAGAGUACAGUCGAUGUUUCGGGCCGAGACCCUUCAGCAGGACAGGAAAGGAAAGGGGCAGAAACCAGAAACAGGUCAUUUAGCUCUCCAGGUCUAUGUUAACUAACGAGCACCCAUUUCCAGUAAUUCUGUUGUCUAGCACCUGAUUCAUUGCCUUCCGUGCUCUACACACACACACACUGCAAAGCAUUUGAGUUGUCGGUGUCCCGGGACCCACACUAACUUUCAUCACAUUUGAUUGAUUUCCUGAUGUAAAACAAAGUGAACAAAGUGUUCAUCUUCUCCUUCCUUGCAGGUUACCCAGUGUUCUCUCUGGUCAUUCUUAGAGUCACAGAAGAGAAUCAGGUCCUUCAGCCACUCCAGUCUGCCUAGUCCCAUCAAACUGCACCUGGACCAUUGCCCUCUAUACCCCUCUCAUCCAUGUACCUAUCCAAAUUUCCCUUCAAUGUUGACAUUGACCCCUAUAUCCACCACUCCUGCUGGCAGCUCAUUCCAUCCACACCCUCACCAGCUUCACUUCCUGUUUCCCUUAAACUUUCCACCUUUCACCCUUAACCCAUGACCCCUAGUUGUAGUCUCUUACAACCUCAGUGGAAAAAGCCUGCUUGCAUUUACCCUAUCUAUACCCCUCAUAAUUUACAUAGAAACCUACAGCACAAUACAGGCCUUUCGGCCCACAAAGCUGUGCUGAAUAUGGCCUUAGCUGAGAAAUUACUGAGGGUUACCCGUAGCCCUCUGUUUUUCUAAGCUCCAUGUACCUAUCCAUGAGUCUCUUUAAAAGACCCUAUCGUACCCGCCUCCACCACCAUCGCCGGCAGCCCAUUCCACACACUCACCACUCUCUGCGUGAAAAAACUAACCCCUGGCAUCUCCUCUGUAUCUAUUUCCAAGCACCUUAAAACUGUGCCCUCUCAUGUUAGCCAUUUCAGCCCUGGGGAAAAGCCUCUGACUAUCCACACGACCAAUGCCUCUCAUCAUCUUGUACACUUCUAUCAAGUCACCUCUAUCAGGACUCGGACGUCAAGAUCCCUCUGAUCCUCCACGCUGCCAAGAGUCUUACCAUUAAUACUAUAUUCUGCCAUCAUAUUUGACCUACCAAAAUGAACCAUUUUAGUCUUACCUGGGUUGAACUCCAUUUUGCUGCAAGUUUGUCAUUGUCAUCAUGGUCCAUAAGACCAUAAGUCAUUGGGGUAGAAUUAGGCCCCUCUGCCUACUGAGUCCGUUGUGCCUGAUUAUUACCCCUCCCAAUCCCAAUCCCCAUCUCCUGCCUUCUCCCUGUAACCUUUGAUGCCCUGACUAAUCAAGAACCUAUCAAUCUCUGCUUUAAAUAUGCUCAAGACUUGUCCUCCACAGCCAGCCAUGGCAAUGACUUCCACAGAUUCACUAUUCUCUGGCUGAAGAAAUUCGUUCUCACCUCUGUUACAAAGAGACGUCCUUCUGUUCCCAAAACUGCCCACCGGUCCCAGAAUCAACCGCUGUAGGAAACAUCCACUCUGUCAAGCCUUUCAAUAUCCGAUGGGUUUCAGUGAGUCCCCCCACCCCUGCCAAUUCGUUUAAACCCCAGUGAGCAUGGGCCCAGCGCCAUCAAAUGCUCCACAUACAUUAACCCUUUCAUUCCUGGGUUCAUUCUCAUGAACCCUGUAUGGACCCUGUCCAAUGCCAGCACAUCUUUUCUUAGAUAAGGGGGCAAAACUGCUCCCCUUUGCCAUAUUGGCUGCUUUCAGUUGCGGCCUGUAGGAACCUUGCCCUUCUGUGGUCCUGUCAUAUUUCCCGCUGGCAGAUUUGUCCCAUGUCUCUGGGGCCAGGUCUUCCACUGAGGUGCCUCCAAACGAGAAUCCAAGCAGGGUGCUGCUGGAUUUCUCAAUCAGAGUAUCACAGGCACUUGUCCUGAAAUUAGUUCUUUUGUGGCAGCGGUACAUUGCAAUACAUAAUAAUUUUUAAAGCUAUGAAUUGCAUCAGAAACAUUAGCUGUGGAGAUUGCUGAAGCAUUAGCGAUGAUCUUUCAAAAGUCGAUAGAUUCUGGCAUGGUUCCGGAGGACUGGAAGAUUGAAAAUGUCACUCCGCUAUUUAAGAAGGGGGCAAGGUAGCAAAAAGGAAAUUAUAGACCUGUUAGCUUGACAUCGAUGUUCGGGAAGUUGUUGGAGUCGAUUGUCAAGGAUGAGGUUACAGAGUACCUGGAGGCAUAUGACAAGAUAGGCAGAACUCAGCAUGGAUUCCUUAAAGGAAAAUCCUGCCUGACAAACCUAUCACAAUUUUUUGAGGAAAUUACCAGUAGGCUAGACAAGGGAGAUGCAGUGGAUGUUGUAUAUUUGGACUUUCAGAAGGCCUUUGACAAGGUGCCACACAUGAGGCUACUUAACAAGAUAAGAGCCCAUGGAAUUGCAGGAAAGUUACAUAUGUGGAUAGACCGUUGGCUGAUUGGCAGGAAACAGAGAGUGGGAAUAAAAGGAUCCUAUUCUGGUUGGCUGCCGGUUACCAGUGGUGUUCCACAUGGAUCAGUGUUGGGGCCGCUUUUUUUUUUACAUUGUACAUCAACGAUUUGGAUUAUGGCUUUGUGGCUAAGUUUGAUGAUGAUACGAAGAUAGGUGGAGGGGCUGGUAGUGCUGAGAAAACGGAGAGUCUGCAGAGAGACUUGGAUAGAUUGGAAGAAUGAGCAAAAAAGUGGCAAAUGAAAUACAAUGUUGGAAAGUGUAUGGUUAUGCACUUUGGCAGAAGAAAUAAACGGGCAGACUAUUAUUUAAACGGGGAAAGAAUUCAAAGUUCUGAGAUGCAACAGGACUUGGGAGUCCUCAUGCAGGAUACCCUUAAGGUUAACCUCCAGGUUGAGUCGGUGGUGAAGAAGGUGAAUGCAAUGUUGGCAUUCAUUUCUAGAGGAGUAGAGUAUAGGAGCAGGGAUGUGAUGUUGAGGCUCUAUAAGGCACUGGUGAGACCUCACUUGGAGUACUGUGGGCAGUUUUGGUCUCCUUACUUAAGCAAGGAUGUGCUGACGUUGGAGAGGGUACAGAGAAGAUUCACUAGAAUGAUUCUGGGAAUGAGAGGGUUAACAUAUGAGGAACGUUUGUCUGCUCUUGGACUGUAUUCCUUGGAGUUUAGAAGAAUGAGGGGAGACCUCAUAGAAACAUUUCGAAUGUUGAAAGGCAUGGACAGAGUGGAUGUGGCAAAGUUGUUUUCCAUGAUGGGGGAGUCCAGUACGAGAGGGCAUGACUUAAGGAUUGAAGGGUGCCCAUUCUGAACAGAAAUGCGAAGAAAUUUUUUUAGCCAGAGGGUGGUGAAUUUAUGAAAUUUGUUGCCACGGGCAGCAGUGGAGGCUAAGUCAUUGGGUGUAUUUAAGGCAGAGAUUGAUGGGUAUCUGAGUAGCCAGGGCAUCAAAGGUUAUGGUGAGAAGGUGGGGGAGUGGGACUGAAUGGGAGAAUGGAUCAGCUCAUGAUAAAAUGGCAGAGCAGACUCGAUGGGCCGAAUGGCCUACUUCUGCUCCUUUGUCUUAUAGUCUUAUUAAGCAAUUAAAUUAUGUAAAUAGUUCAAAAAGAGAGCAAAAAUACUGAGGUACUGUGCAUGGGUUCAACGUCCAUUCAGAAAUCUGCUGGCGGAGGGGAAGAAGCUGUUCCUGAAAUGUGGAGUCUCUAGGCUCCUGUACUUCGUCCUUGAUGGUAGAAAUGAGAAGAGGGCAUGUCCUGGGAGAUGAUAGAUGCCGCCUUAGGCACCAUUUUUUGAAGGUGUCCUUGAUGUUGGGGAGGCUUGUAUCCAUGAUGCAGUUGGCUGAGUUUACAACUUUCUGCAACUUUUCCCAAUCCUGUGUGGUGGCCCCUACCAGAGGGAGACGUAACCAGUUAGAAUGCUCCCCACAGUACAUCUUUAGAAAUCUGUGAGAGUCACUGGUGAUGUACCGAGCCUCCGCAAACUCCCACUGAGAUGCAGCUUUCUUGCAAUUGCAGAAUGUGUUGGACCAGGUCAGGUCUUCAGAGGUGUUGACACCUUGUUCAGAAGGUGAUAUGUAACUGAUGCCAGAGGCUGUAAGGGGUGGGUGGGGGGUGGUGAACAGUGUGGUAGUGUUCAGGGCUCUGUGAGCACCAGAAACUAGUACAAGUAGGCCACUUGGCCCAUCAUUCAGAAUGAUUCACCCCUCUCCUCCCUCCAGGGCCCUGUCCUGCCUUAUGUUCAGGCCAGGGCAUCCAGGACUUUGCACGACGGGCGGGCAUCUUGAUGAGGCCUCGGAAAGCAAGGCAGCACUGACAUCUGUGGAGAUUCAAGAGGGUCUCCGGGGCCAGCACAAUGCGCAGUCAGUAACAGUGAGACUACCUCUGCUUUCCAGUGAAUAGGGUACAAGAGGGUGGGGUGGGGACAGGUGC